AUGCCUGUAGCCGCCGUCGGCCUGCUGGUCACGCUCUCCGUCGAGAGCUUCAAGGCCUCUUCGCGCUUUCUCAACAAGCGCAAGUCGAAGAAGCACGGCUAUGCGUCUCUUCGCACCGACUCGUUAGGCAGGCCUCUGUCGACCGAAGGCAAGGUGCUGUCCAAGAACGAGGCGAGGGCGCUCGCAGCGCACAACCAGGAGAUUGAGCGUAUCCGCACCGCCGAGCGCGAAUGGCGGGCCAAGGGAGAGAGGUUGCCGGCCUACGGAGAGACCGAUAACGAGGCCAUCAUCCAGUCCUUGCGUCGGCCCAGCACCGCACCUGCUUCGGGCCGAAGCUCCACCUCCGGUCUCCUCGAACUCAACGAGGUCUCUUCAUCACGGCUCGACGCUGUUGCAGCCGUUGCGCCAACGGCAGCGUCAGAGACCACGCCGUCCAGACCAAGGGCGGUCAGCACAGCGUCCGCUCCGCUCUUGAACACCGCUCGAGCACAGAGGGAGGCGAGGAACGACGACCUAGCAGUGUCGAGCUUCGAAGCGCUCGACAAUGGCGCUUUCGCCAUCCGCAGACGCACACAUACGCUCGUGCUGCCGUCAAUACCAAGCACUAGCGAGACAGCUGAUAUCGAAGACAUCUUCCAACACGACGGAUUGGAUUGGAGGAGGUUGACGUUUGAAGCGCCUCCUCUGUACAAUCAGGAGCUGGCAGCUCCCGCCGCACAGCUGUGA